AUGUCUAGUAAGGCUAGCCUUCUCUCGCGCGGUGGCAUUCGGCUUCUGAGCUCGCCAUUCGCAGCCUUGCCACUCCCUCGUCCCAGCUUCGGAGCUGCGGGCCAUAGUCUUUUGACCAUCCCUACCAACAGAUCCUAUGCCACGAUAUCGGAUCCCCCGGAGCAUGCAUAUUCGUGGCCUACUACGCCUACAUUCACCCCCUACGACGUGCUCAAUUUAAGCCACACUGCCCCAUACUCGAAAGUCCGGUACUUCGAGCUCGUGAAGAUCUACCAUCCAGAUCGGCCCUGCAGCGAUCAUCCCCUUUGUCGAAACAUUAGCCCCGAAGUCCGUCUUCAGCGCUAUCACAUUGUGGUCAACGCACAUGAAAUUCUCUCUGACCCUGAUAGACGAGCCGCCUACGAUCAGUUCGGGACUGGAUGGAAACACCAGGCCAAACGAUAUAAUACCGUAGCGGACGCAACAGCAGAGUGGGGGCCAUACGGUCCAUCCAUCUAUGCUAAUGCGACUUGGGAAGACUGGGAGCGAUGGCAUAACCGUCAUGGAGAGAAGCAACGAAAUAUCGUCGAUCACCGCACUUUCACCCGGCUCGUGAUCCUUCUUGUUCUUUUCGGGGGAGCGGUUCAAGCUUCCUGGAUAUCCCGGCUGAAUGCCGGAUAUGAGCAGCGCCUACGUGAGGUCAGCGAGGAUUCUAUGCGCUUCCUCAGCGGCCGUCGACAGCAUACUGUUCAACAGAUGCCCUCCAACGAUGCUCGUGUGCAAAGCUUCCUUAUUCGAAGGGACCCGACUGGCUCGGGCCUCAAGGAUGGUGAACAUCGUGUAUAUCAGAAGGAGCUCAGUGCUCGUAUCGACUCGCGUGGGCAAGACCUAGUGGGUGAUCAAGCGGGUGAUCGCCAAAAGGCAUCGGAGACUCUGGAGACUGCGCGAAUGAGCGAAACUCCUUCACAUGAGUCUCAACAUUAA